GAAGACUGCACUGCAGCGCUGCUUGAAAAACUGCCAACAGAAGCAGUUGCAUCAGAUAGAUGAAAAUAUAAGAGGACGGAAGGCGAUAUUCAUUUACUGCUUAUGGUGGAAGCUUAGUGUUUAAAGGGCCGUUCUGGUGUUAUUCCUUAUCAUCACUGCCAGCUGUUUGAGUCGAGCCUCUCCAGCGUGUCUGCUCGGCUGUCCCACUGCAGAGUCUUUGUGUAGUUGUAGUUAAGUAUUUUAGCUAGUUAUGACAGAAGACAAAAAGAUGACCGAACCAGAGCCAGGCUCUGUCCCGGAGCAGGCUGAGGAGAAAGCUGAGGAGAAGCAGCUCAAUGCGGUGGAGGAGAAGGAGGAGAAGAGGGAGAACGGUGGGGACCGUAACGGAGAGGCCGCGGGGAGUGCGAGGCCAGCUGAAGACGAAUUUGUUCACCCUGAGGGCGGCUGGGGCUGGGUGGUCAUGCUCGCCUCCAUGUGGUGCAACGGGUCGGUGUUUGGGAUCCAGAACGCCUUCGGCAUCCUGUUCGUCUACUUGCUGCAAGAGUUUGGCUCAGAGGAUGACCCAGACCUACGGUUUAGAACAGCCUGGGUUGGCUCUCUCUCCAUGGGGGUGAUUUUCUUUUGCUCUCCGAUCGUCAGUGUGUUUACUGAUUUGCUGGGCUGCAGGAUCACCGCUGUUGGUGGAGCCGCUGUUGGACUUGUUGGGUUGCUGGCCAGCUCUUUUGUCAAGUCUCUGGGUCCUCUGUAUUUCACCUACGGGGUUGUGUUUGCGUGCGGCUGCUCGUUUGCGUAUCAGCCCAGUCUGGUGAUUCUGGGUCACUAUUUUAAAAGGCGUCUGGGGCUGGUUAAUGGAAUCGUAACCGCGGGCAGCAGCGUGUUCACCGUGUCUCUGCCGCCGCUGAUGUCGGCUCUGCUGAAGAACAUCGGGCUGCAGAACACGCUGCGUGUGAUGUGUGUGUUCAUGUUCGUGCUGAUGCUGGCUGGACUGACCUACAAGCCUCUGCUGCCGAAGCCGGUCAGCAGCGGUAAAUCCAGGGGGCGCUGCUCCGCACUCCGCAGGGUCUUCAACGUCCAGAUCUGGAAAAGCCUGGGAUACAGAAUCUGGGCCUUCGGGAUUCCGGCUGCACUCUACGGAUACUUUGUUCCUUAUGUUCACCUGAUGAAACAUGUGGAGGAGCGAUUUGGGACGGAUGCAAAUAAGGAAGUUUUGCUGAUGUGUAUCGGAAUCACAUCUGGAAUUGGCCGUCUCAUCUUUGGACGUGUUGCGGACUACGUCCCUGGGGUUCAUAAAGUGUUCCUCCAGGUGGCCUCGUUCCUGGUGAUCGGUUUGAUGUCGAUGAUGAUUCCACUGUGCAAUAUUUUUGGAGGACUGAUUGCGGUGUGCUUACUGAUGGGUCUGUUUGACGGAUGUUUUAUCUGUAUAAUGGCGCCCAUCGCUUUUGAGCUUGUUGGUCCUCAGAACGUCUCACAGGCCAUUGGCUUCCUGCUGGGCAUGAUGUCUGUUCCAAUGACCGUCGGACCUCCUAUUGCAGGUUUCCUGAGGGAUUACCUGGGCAGCUACGAUGUAGCCUUUUACCUGGCAGGAAUCCCCCCCAUCAUAGGGGGCGCUGUGCUGUGUCUGAUCCCCUGGGUGGAGCAGAGAGAGAGAAGGAAACGUCAGCAGAAAGAAUCAGACGCAGACGCAAACGGCAUGCUGGAACAAAUGCCGGGACAGCAAGGAGACAUGACCAAGGCCGAGAAUCCGGAAUCAGUCAUAUAAAACAACAAAGACACAUACACAUAUUUACAAACACAUAAGCACAUACAUACAUACAUGCACACACACAUAUACAUAUAUACAAAUUAUAUGCAAACAUUCAAACACACUCAUUAUACAUACACACAUCCCAAAACAAUCUGCAUUAGUUUUUUAUUUUUGCUACAUGCAGAUUACACACACACACACACACAUAUUAAUGAAGGAGAGACAGAACUGAGCUGUGUGUGUAGUACUGACAGUAAGUGCUCUUAUUGAUCAGCAUUUACACCAAAAAGAGGAGACAAAUGACAAAUGGGGUCCUGUCAAGAGCUUCACUUCAUCUCUCACCUCAACAUUUCAACAGGAAAAGGGGAAAACUUGAAGAAGGGGAAAUAUUUCACAAGGGAAAUCAUAUUUUUAUAAGGGUGCUUUAACGAAGCCGCUGUCACUUUUUCCUUAUUUACUUUUAACAUGUUGUCUGGCACACUUUUAUAUCUAAUAGAAUUCACUGUCCAAACGACAGCAUGCUUAUUUAAACUUUAAACUCUAAAGUUUCUUUAUUUAGAUCCACAUGACACAUAAAAUUAAUUUUAUAUAAUUAAUUUUUAUUUAAUAUAUUAAUAGAUUUAAAGUUACUUUACUCUGUUCCCCAACUUAACCCAUUUAUGUCCAUAUUUAACACAAAAUAUACAGAGAAGAGAUUCGAAGAUUAUUCGUCACAUGUAAGCUCAUUAUUUCUUCAUACAAAUUUUAGCAGGUGGACAUAAAUUAGUUAUACAUAGUGACUUAGUAAAUUGCCUUAAAAUAGAGAAAGCAUCAGUUUUUUAAAGGCAUAAAACGUGAAUAUGCUUAUACGUUUAGGAAAAUAGAGUAAACUUUAUACAAAACUAAGCAAAUCAAAAUUAAGCCACAAUGUAAUCUUAAAUGGCCUCUGGCAUUUAUUUCCUUUUGAAGAUUUUUACCUAAUCAAUCAUUUAAAUAGUAUAAAGUAUUUGUCAGGGCUCCUCUCUUAUGUUUGUCUUUUUAUUUUUUAGGCUAGUGAUUUUCAUACAAAGAAUGCACAGAAAUAUUGUAUUCAUAACUGCAUCGGCUCAUAAUAAAAAAAAAGAUAAAAAGAAUAGUUUAGAGCUGUUAUGCUAAAAUGGUGCCAUAUUUUCCAUUUUUGGUUGUUUUGUGUUGGUUGUGUCACAUUUCCAUAAUGUAGGGGAUUCUAGUGCCAACUGCUACAUUUUGUGGAAGUUUGUGUUUUCGGCACACAGUGUUUUAAUUUACCAAGUGCCUUACAGUUUUUAUUCAUACUUUCACUUCAAAUUAUACAUUAAGACCCUGAUUAUUGUUUUAUAUGAUUAUUGUUUUGAUAGCUAACUAUUAUAUGUUUGAAUCAAAUUGUUUAAGCAGCGUGUUUAAGUUAAAUGUUUUUAUAGCUUAUCAGCUGAUAUGUAUAUGGAAAUUUGGAGUUUAUUCAGGUAGGGAGAGUACUAAAUUUAAAAAUCUUUAGCAGGUUCUGUUUCACUAUGCAGCACAAAUGUUUGGCUUAUAGUGGAGUUUAAAACUAGAGGUGGGCAAUAUGGCUAUUUUAUCGUAUUGUGAUAAAUGUUGUUAUUGUGAUAUACAAUAUGCUUUUCUGAGCAUAUUAUGAGUUCUUAUAGAACACUCAUUAACUGCACAUUGCUUUACGAGGAGUGUAAUUAGUUGUGCUUAAAUGAAUUAAUAGCAGCACAUUUAAUAAAAGGAUGGGAUAGUAUUUGAAUAGCAGUGUUUAAAAUCUGCUGCUAUUGGUGUACUUUGUUUGUGAUACAUUAAUUUUUUAUAUUUUGUAUUUUUAAAAGGUCUAUAGUAUGAUCUAGUUUUUUUUAUUAUAUUGCUCACCCCUUCUAAGAAAAAAAACUUCUGACAAACAGGGCCUUUUGGAUAAAAAUUGGAAAUAUUUCCAUAGUUGAUGGUAUGGAUGGUUAUGGUUUAAGAUCACACACAUUUUCUAUAUAUUUAUUUUUCUGUUUUAUUUCUAGAAGAUCACUUUUGUAGUAAUAUAAAAUAUUAAACGUCACAGUGCUGUUCAAUAAAUGAAUAAGCAUAGCAUACAUUUAUGAAAUUAUUAGAUUAGUUUAAGGUGAAAGAAUUAAACUAAUUAGAUAAUUGAUUGUUUAUUACACAAAUAUUACUUUUAUCGUUUUUGCCGUUUUCAUACAUUAAAUGGAUUUUUUUUCCUCAGUAACUCACACUGGUUGAUGCACAGGUUUAUGAGUUUUUGUAAUAUGAUCUACCUCAACUGACAUAGUUGCUGAGAUGUUCAUUAUACAACCAGAAGGGACGUGUUGCAGUUCAUGCUUGACUAUCAAAGUGCUCAUGCAGCUCCUCACCUACUUUCCUUUUUGUUAUUUUUGAUCAUUUUUAGCACUUUGUGCAAAUGGGAUCAGUCUGUUUUGUCCUGAUGUUGAGAUGUGCUGAAUCACACCAGUGUAUUAAAUGUAUUAUAGCAGUGUUCGUGCCUUGACAAUCCCAAUACAGGGUGAAUAAACAAGCCAGAAAUGGAUGUGUGUGAUUAAAAGGAAUCAAAAACCAAAGGCACAGUAUGCUACAAGAGCAACACAGUAGAGCGCUGUCAUUUUGUAUCAUUUCAAAGGAGCACAUCAGAAACUACAGAUGAAUAUUGUAAAAAGAAGCUUUAAAAAAGACAUAAUUAUGCAACCUUAUAAAAAACAUGCAAAGCUUAAUUAUUGUUUUAUAAGUCAGAACUAUGCUUUAACAUACCUCAUUUCAGAAUAUUACACAAUAUUCACCUGGGCAAUACUACAUUUUCAUCUUUGUCUUAUUCUUACUGACCCACUCCCAGCUUAGAAUUGUUAAUUAAGCAGUUUAGCAACUAAACAAAAAUAAUUAUUCUUGUCCUUCCAAUGAAUAAACAUGUAUUAACCAUUUCUCCCUUUUAGGAGAAAUCUGAUAUUUUCUUUUAAGUGCCUUUGUGAAGCCUAAAUAAGUCUAAAGCACAUUUUAGUUUUUGCCCAAUUAAAAACAAUAAAAUUCUCUUAAAUUAGAGACAUGUUAGAAAUCUGGUUAUUGAUUAUUGGAGGGGCUCAUGUCUUAAUUAAUAUUAGCUUGGCUAAAAUUCAAAACGCAUUCCUGAUCUGACCCUCAGUGCAGUCGAUCAGUCAGGACAUGUUUGAUAUCUGUUUUGUUGCGUCUUUAGCUUACAACAGUUGAUGCUAGGCUAACACUGCUAACAAGCAUGAGAGUUCCACACCAUAAAAACACACAAAAACUGUGGACCUUAUUUAAACAUUAGUGCUAAAACACCAGUAAAAAUACUAAACACUGUGACACAGAGGUGAAAGGGUUUGCGUUUACUUAAAUAUUCAGCUUGGUGGAGAAGUUCAUUUUUGUGUUUAUAGACUAAAGUAAGUUACACUGUGACUGUGUUCUAAAACACAACAGUUUGCCAAAGAAAUUUAGGUCUAGCUGCGUUUAGAGAGAUAUAUUAAAUGUGCGUAUGUGUUUAUAGAGACGUGAUUAGUAAGAGAUUCUGAGUUCGUUAGCUCUGUUAGCUUAGCAUCUCCUGUGGUGAAUUAAAGAAGCACACCUCAGAGAGGCACCAAGCAGUUCUUGUUACUUAAUUUUUUUUUUUUUUUUUUGCAGAACUAACUAAAAAUAACACUGCAUUUUUUUUAUUUCUUGUGGUGGCAAACUGGGGAAUUCACUAAAUGCAAAUUUCUUUCGAAAAUGUUUCUUUUUUAACAAAGUGUUCAUAUUUUCUUUUGUGUUUUUUGUCUUUUUAUGCAAUGUAUUCCAAAUAUACCAGUGCAAGUAUGAAAACGUCUUGAUUUCAGAAUAUGCUUGUGUACACUAAUGUGAUUAUUUUCACUAGAUACUCUGUAGAUAUUCUCAGCUUUAUCUUCACACUUUCAAUGAUGUACUCAGGUAAACAGCCCCCACACUCUUAACUAAACAGGUGCAGAUAAAGUUUUUUUGGGCGAUACCAUAGAAGCCACUUUUGGUUGCUUAAAGAACCUUUCAGAGCAUGAAGCUAAACUGUUUUUGUAUGUUGUAAAACUUAGUUUUACUGUUCGUCAGCUCUGUUUAAAAACUUAUUUCAUGUGUAUGAACCCUGUUAAAAAAAUGUGCUCUGACCCCUCGCCCUCCUGCACAGGUAUAAUCUCGUAGAUAAUAUAAGGAAUUCUAGCUGGUGGAUGGACUGAAAUGACUAAAUUGGCAGAAAAACUUUUUUCCUCAGUGGUCAAGCUAAAUUCUGUAAAUUAUACAAAGAUGCUACUGGAAAAAUUAGAAGUUUGAUUACUUGGUUUCCACUGUUUAAGUGAUUCAGCAAACAGUGGACCUCAUUUACACAUUUCUGCCCUGACUUAAACUACACUAUUAUAAUCUGUUUAUAGUACUAUUACACUUUUAAACCGGACUACAGUGAUAACUCACACUCUGCUGAGGUGAAAGUGUUUCUGGAAACUCCACCAUUCGUGUAUUGUGGGUUUUGGAAUGUGUUCAAGAGUUAGGGUUAGGUGUCUAAGAUCUGCACAAAGAACUGUUCAGGAACCUCUGUUUUUAAGAGUGUGGGAAAUUACAGGCUUGAAUUAUCGUUAAUGCCAUCAACUUAAACCAAACCACACUGAAAACUUGACAAUUCAUUCUACUCAUUGGGAAUGUGUAUUUUUUUUCAUCUGUCCAAACAGCGUCACUUGAGAGCAUUUACUCUGAUGUAGUGAAAAUUACAGAGAAGUGCUGCACUAGCGGAGAAGCUGUACACUUUAAAACCGGAAUGUAUUAGCACUGCAGAACUGCAGCAGUGUGGGUCAUUUCUGUGUAUUAAAGUUGUGUCUAAACAGCAACACACUAAACUGCUUUAGUUUCUGCUUUCGUGAUCAAAUCACACAGAUGAUGGAUUGUGUCGCUGAGCGUGACUGAUGUGCGUCAUUACCUGCCUUUUGAUUCAUUUUCUUAUUCUUUUUUAGUUUCUUUCAGCUUGUAUGUAUGAAGUAUAUGACAUGCAUGAUUUAGUUAAUUUUGUAAUAUGCACAACGCAAUAAAUAAACCUUAUGCAAUUUUUAUAAACCUAA